AAAUUCACAGAGUUCGUCCUCCAAACAAGAAAAAAUAUGAAGAAGACUUGGACAAGCUCGUCUCACAGAUCAGAGAAAAGGAGGGAGAACUGGAGAAAUGUAAAACUGGUGGAAGUUUGAACAUUACUGGUGAGCUGAAGAAUUUGAAAGCUGAGAGAAGUGCAACAAUCACCAAAAGAAAGCAGACAGAUUUUGAAUUAGAAAAACUCAAAAAGAUUCUUCCUGAAAAGAUGUGCCAGCUUGGACAACUAGAAUCGUCUCUCAUCUAUAAAAAUGAGGAGAAAAUAAAUUUGGCAAUUCAACGGCUGGAAUAUAACCUGAAUGUGCAACAUUUCAAGCUGGCCGAGGAGAAAAAAAUCGUCUCUGAGAUUGACAGACUCAAAAGAUCCAAGAAAACACUUGUCCAGUACUUGGCUCUUAGGCAGGAAAUUAAUGGAAUCAGGGACUUGCAGCGCCAUAUGAGGGAAGAGAGAGAUACCUACUUUCAGGUAGUUGGCAAAUUAAAUUCAGAUGAGGACAAGCUAAGAAAGGGUAGUAUGGCUGCCAAGACAACAUAUUCACAGCUGAAAUUACAAAUUGAUGAUCUGUAUGAAAGCAAACGACAGCUGGUUUCCAAUUACAAAAAACAAUUUGAUGAUUACCAAGAUGGCAAAGACAAGCCGAAGAGAGGCAGCUGGAAGAAAAGAGAGGAUUACAGGAAGUCAUUCUCGACAGACAAGAGAAAACAGCAAACUGAACUUGAGUUAGAGAAAACAUCAUAUGAAAAGUAUUUGAACUGGUGUAACUCUUUAAUAAGAGUCCUUAGUCGCUAUAACAACCUGGCGGUACAAGAACCUUCAUUGGACAGCCUGUCUCCGACAUCAAGCAUUGAAGAGCCUGAGCCAGCGGAAGAAAUAGACGAUGGCCAGUAUGUGUUGUUAAAGAAAGCUGGCGAGAGUCAGGAGCCCAGUCAGGCAACCAAGAGACCUAGUAAGAAAAAUCGCCGUCCUCGGAAACAGGGAUCAAUCAAGAAGAUCACACUUUCUUCAGACAUGGUGCAGCAGUUAGCAGAACUGGGACUGAAAGCUCCAAAUUCUUUGUCAGAGGUCACUGAAGCCAUUGAAAGCUUAAAACUGAAAAAGGCACAUCUGGAAGUCGAGCAGCAAGCCAGCGAAGUUGCCAGUGAUGCAGGGAUCUCUGCGACAGAGAGCAUGAUUUGUGAAAUGUCUCGGCAAGCAAGCAAGACAGAAAGCUACGAAGGUGCCGUGGACACAGAUCCAGGAGAUCAGGUAUAUGUCGACCUGCUUCGCAAGUGCCAGGAAGGUCAUAGUGAACAUCCUGAAGGAUGGGAAACUUUGGGAGCUGUUGGCGGCUGUGAUAAUCUGCCAGGGGCAUUAACUCUGAGUGAUAGUUUAAAUCUGGAGAGUGAUGUGGGCUUUGGUGGAGGUCAGAGGUCAUAUAGUGAAAAUGCAAAAACACUAAAUGUGAGCUCUAAUAAGAUGAGAGCGUUGGAGAGUGACAGGCAAGAGAUCAUUUUAGAAAUGGUUAGUGGUGAUAAAGCACAGUCUGAGGCUGCAGACGUUAGGUGUGUUCGUAUCCCAGGUCAGGCCCUACUACAACAAAGGGGUAAUAUAACUGCUGAUGAAGAGUCAUUGAAUGCGUUUAGAAAUAAUUCUUUGAAACAUUCAGACUCCAAACUGCUAACUCAUACUGGAGAACAUGGGCCAGUUACAAAUCAAUGGAAGAAGCUAGAGAAACCAGUAUCAUUGUGUAUAUCACCACCCUCAUCUCUACCAGUGAUGCCAUGUAUGUCUUCAUCUGCACCCCUCGACUUUCCUUCGUUAAAAUCAACCAUAUCACCAGGGAGUGCGUGGUCUCCCGUGAACAGCAGAUCUAUAUGUAGUCCCAAAACAGAUCAUCAUUCAUCUGCUUGUUCAGCCAGUAGCUUUCAUCUUAGUGUUUCCUCUACAAAAUCACAUCAGGCUUUAGCCGCAAGACUUUCUACGCCAUCCACCAGCACCCAGCCAUCGCCUGGCCUACCAAAACAGCUGUCUCAGCCGACAUUGAUCUUUGAUGGUGAUGAUUUCCCUCCAUUGUCUCACGGCUUGGCACCAUCACGCAGAGGGUCAAAUAUGUCUACAAGAUCAUCUGGGGGUAGUAGUUCGUCACAUCUAGAACCCCCACUGCAGCCAUCAAGCCAACAACCGUUGAACCAACAAAUGUUAUGCUUAGAUAUAUCUGAACAAACACACACCCUGAAUGCCUUUCUGGUUCACCAGACCACAUCUGUCUCUGUGAGUGAAGAGUUACCCAGUUGCCACCUUGUGUUGCCAAAAUCCGGCAGCAUUUCUCAGCAGACUGGCAACAAGUCUCUGUCAGUGUCUCAGAUUCCAGUACUUGAUAAGCUUUCAACAGAGAAGUGGGUGGAAUCCAGCGUGGCCUUCGUUAAAGAUUUCAGUCCUGUACAUUGCGAAGACAGUGCUUCAACAGUUCUCACCGAGUCCACAAGAUUAUAA